AUGCUUGAAGUCGAGGUCGGCUGUGAAGCUCGGUGCAUGAAGGGACUAGCAACCAGCAGCUUUAGACGCCCUUUUGAGGCUGUCUCAGUCCGUGUCGAUCUCAUUACAACUGAACUUUCUUGGCUGCAAUCGUCGGCAAAGCGCGAGCAGGAAUGUAAUUAUAGUGGCCUUUCAAAUGGCAAUCUUUCACGUGCACUGCACACAAAAACGUGA